AUUUUACCUUUCAUAGAUGCACAGACAGGGACAUACUCUAGUUAGAAUUCAACAAUUCAUUUCUCGGCACCCAGAAUUCCACCUUCCCCAUCGUUGAACAUUAUUUUAGACGCCCCGCUCCUUUAACUGUGAGUAAUACAGAAGCCCAGUGCUUCACCAACGCAUUUUCGAUUUGAAGAACCCUCUACCCCUCUGUAUUCUCUCUCUCUGGAUCUCCUUCUCCCUUGUACGUUUCGUCUCGGAGGGUUCCCGGGUUUCUUUAUUUAAGAUCUCCUCUCCCUUGUACCAAAUCGGCCCAUUCCUUAGUCUCGCAGAUCUCCAUCAUGGCGGCUGCUAAUGCUCCGAUCACUAUGAAAGAGGCCCUUACAUUGUCAAGUGUAGGGGUGAACCCGCAGUUCAUCACAUUCACAAAUGUUACCAUGGAAUCAGACAAGUAUAUAUGUGUUCGAGAGACGGCACCACAAAAUAGUGUGGUGAUUGUUGAUAUGAAUAUGCCAAUGCAGCCUUUGCGCCGCCCUAUUACUGCUGACUCUGCUCUUAUGAAUCCCAAUUCCAGAAUUUUGGCUCUAAAAGCUCAAGUACCAGGAACUACUCAAGAUCACUUACAAAUUUUUAAUAUUGACGCAAAGCAGAAAAUGAAGUCACAUCAGAUGCCCGAGCAGGUUGUUUUCUGGAAGUGGAUUACUCCGAAGAUUUUAGGAAUUGUCACACAAACCUCAGUCUAUCAUUGGCCAAUUGAAGGUGAUACUGAGCCUGUAAAGAUGUUUGAUAGAACAGCCAACCUAGCCAAUAACCAAAUAAUCAAUUAUCGUUGUGAUCCUUCAGAGAAAUGGUUGGUUUUGAUUGGUAUUGCCCCAGGUUCACCGGAGAGGCCCCAACUGGUCAAAGGAAAUAUGCAACUAUUUUCAGUUGAUCAGCAACGGAGUCAAUCCCUCGAGGCGCACGCUGCAUCAUUUGCAUCAUUCAGAGUACCUGGAAGUGAUAGGGAUUCCAUACUCAUUUCUUUUGCCACGAGAAGCUUGAAUGCUGGACAGGUUGUAUCAAAGUUGCAUGUCAUUGAGCUGGGAGCCCAGCCAGGGAAACCCUCAUUUACAAAAAAACAGGCCGAUCUUUUCUUCCCUCCAGAUUUUGCUGAUGAUUUCCCAGUUGCCAUGCAGAUAUCUCAUAAGUAUAGUUUAAUUUUUGUCAUCACAAAGCUUGGGCUUCUUUUUGUCUAUGACCUGGAAACAGCUACUGCAGUUUACAGAAAUAGGAUUAGCCCAGACCCUAUUUUCCUGACAGCUGAAGCUUCGUCAGUUGGUGGGUUUUAUGCCGUCAACAGGCGAGGCCAAGUGUUGCUAGCCACAGUAAAUGAAACUACUAUUAUACCUUUUAUCAGUGGCCAAUUGAACAAUCUGGAGCUUGCUGUCAAUCUUGCUAAAAGAGGAAACCUUCCAGGUGCUGAGAAUUUGGUCGUCCAGCGCUUUCAAGAGUUGUUUGCUCAAACCAAGUACAAAGAGGCUGCUGAGCUUGCUGCUGAAUCACCUCAGGGCAUACUCAGGACGCCUGAUACUGUUGCCAAAUUUCAGAGUGUUCCUGUUCAACCAGGGCAAACACCUCCUCUUUUGCAGUACUUUGGGACACUUUUGACAAAAGGGAAGCUCAAUGCUUUUGAGUCAUUAGAAUUGUCACGCCUUGUUGUCAACCAAAAUAAGAAGAACCUUUUGGAGAACUGGUUAGCUGAGGAUAAGUUGGAGUGCAGUGAGGAUCUUGGUGACCUUGUGAAGACUGUUGAUAAUGACCUUGCCUUGAAGAUAUACAUCAAAGCAAGAGCAACUCCAAAAGUUGUCGCUGCUUUUGCGGAGCGCAGGGAGUUUGACAAGAUUCUGAUAUAUUCCAAACAGGUUGGAUAUACACCUGAUUAUCUGUUCCUCCUGCAAACAAUUCUUCGAUCUGAUCCUCAGGGAGCUGUUAACUUUGCACUCAUGAUGUCCCAAAUGGAGGGAGGUUGUCCAGUUGAUUAUAAUACAAUCACUGACCUUUUUCUCCAGAGGAACUUGAUCCGCGAGGCAACAGCAUUUUUGUUGGAUGUUCUGAAACCUAACCUUCCAGAACAUGGUUUUUUGCAGACUAAGGUAUUGGAAAUCAAUCUUGUGACUUUCCCCAAUGUAGCAGAUGCUAUAUUAGCAAAUGGAAUGUUCAGUCACUAUGAUCGACCUCGAAUUGCUCAACUUUGUGAAAAAGCUGGUCUUUACGUGCGGGCUCUGCAGCACUAUUCUGAGCUCCCUGAUAUCAAGCGUGUCAUUGUGAACACACAUGCGAUUGAGCCUCAGGCUCUGGUUGAGUUCUUUGGGACUCUUUCGCGUGAAUGGGCUCUUGAGUGCAUGAAAGACCUCCUAGUGAUCAAUAUCAAAGGCAACCUUCAAAUAAUUGUUCAGGUUGCAAAAGAGUAUUGGGAGCAAUUGCGUGUUGAUGCCUGCAUAAAGCUUUUUGAGCAAUUCAAGUCUUAUGAUGGGUUGUACUUCUUCUUGGGAUCAUAUUUGAGUUCCAGUGAGGAUCCUGAUAUUCACUUCAAAUAUAUUGAGGCAGCUGCCAGGACUGGACAAAUCAAGGAGGUUGAGCGCGUCACAAGAGAAUCAAACUUCUAUGACCCUGAAAAGACGAAGAACUUCUUGAUGGAAGCCAAACUUCCCGAUGCUCGGCCUCUUAUUAAUGUUUGUGACCGCUUUGGUUUUGUUCCUGAUCUCACACACUACCUCUAUACCAACAAUAUGCUACGGUACAUUGAAGGUUAUGUCCAAAAGGUCAACCCAGGAAAUGCUCCUUUAGUUGUGGGACAGUUAUUGGAUGAUGAGUGUCCUGAAGAUUUUAUUAAAGGCUUGAUCCUUUCCGUUCGUUCUCUGCUUCCUGUUGAGCCCCUUGUGGAUGAAUGUGAAAAGAGGAACCGCCUCCGACUGCUUACUCAGUUUUUGGAGCAUCUUGUGAGUGAAGGAAGCCAAGAUGUGCAUGUACACAAUGCUCUGGGUAAGAUCAUCAUAGAUAGCAACAAUAACCCGGAGCACUUCCUGACGACCAAUCCAUAUUAUGAUUCACGUGUUGUGGGUAAAUAUUGUGAGAAGCGCGAUCCUACCCUUGCUGUUGUUGCAUAUCGGAGAGGGAACUGUGAUGAUGAACUUAUCAAUGUAACAAACAAGAACUCUUUGUUCAAACUGCAAGCCAGGUAUGUCGUUGAGAGAAUGGAUGCUGACCUUUGGGAGAAGGUUCUUAACCCUGAAAACGAGUUCAGAAGGCAGCUUAUUGAUCAGGUUGUCUCCACUGCUCUGUCUGAGAGCAAAAGCCCAGAACAAGUUUCUGCUGCUGUUAAAGCUUUCAUGACUGCCGAUCUUCCGCAUGAACUGAUUGAGCUUCUUGAAAAGAUUGUGCUCCAGAACUCUGCAUUCAGUGGGAACUUUAAUCUGCAAAACUUGCUUAUCUUGACAGCCAUUAAAGCUGACCCUUCAAGAGUUAUGGACUAUAUCAACAGGCUUGAUAAUUUUGAUGGACCUGCAGUAGGGGAGGUAGCUGUAGAAGCCCAACUUUAUGAAGAAGCAUUUGCAAUCUUCAAGAAGUUCAAUUUGAAUGUCCAGGCUGCCAAUGUUCUGCUAGAUAAUAUCCGCGAUAUAAAUCGGGCUGUGGAGUUUGCCUUCCGAGUUGAAGAAGAUGCUGUUUGGAGCCAAGUGGCUAAAGCUCAGCUGAGAGAAGGAUUAAUCAGUGAUGCUAUUGAGUCGUUUAUUCGUGCAGAUGAUACCACCCAAUUUUUGGAUGUCAUUCGUGCUGCAGAGGAUGCAGAUGUUUACCAUGAUUUGGUGAAGUAUCUGCUGAUGGUAAGGCAGAAGUCAAAAGAGCCCAAGGUUGACAGUGAGCUAAUCUAUGCAUAUGCUAAAAUAGAUCGAUUGAGCGACAUUGAAGAGUUCAUUCUCAUGCCAAAUGUUGCUAAUCUACCGAAUGUUGGUGACCGGUUGUAUGAUGAAGCCUUAUACGAGGCUGCAAAGAUCAUAUUUGCUUUUAUUUCUAACUGGGCCAAGUUGGCUAGUACACUUGUGAAGCUAUAUCAGUUCCAAGGUGCUGUUGAUGCAGCACGUAAAGCAAAUAGUGCAAAAACGUGGAAAGAAGUCUGCUUUGCUUGUGUUGACGCUGAAGAGUUCCGCUUAGCUCAGAUUUGUGGGCUUAACAUUAUCGUACAGGUGGAUGAUCUGGAGGAAGUGAGUGAAUAUUAC